AUGGCAGUGCAGAAGAAGAGCGUUGUUGUGACCGGAGGCGCCUCGGGUAUCGGGCUUGCAAUAUCGCGUUUCUUCGCAGGACAAGGCGCCCACGUCGCGGUGUUGGAUGUAAACUCCGACGGCGCAGACAUCGUGCAACAGUUAAUACCAGAAUUUCCAGAAGCAAGUUUUGUGUUCAAGAAAGCCGACAUCUCCAACUGGGACGAUUUGGCCUCUGUCUUCGAGCAGAUCUACCAAGAACAAGGCCGAAUCGAUGUGGUUAUUGCCAACGCUGGUAUUUCCAGGGAAGGAAAGCUCAUUGUCGACGAAGAGAAACCUUCCAAACCAAUCCUGAAAACUCUUGAUGUCAAUUUGACAGGGACCAUCUAUACUGUGAAGUUGGCAAUCCAUUAUAUCAAGAAGAACGCCGUGGUUGGCAAUGGCACAACAGCAUCCAAAGGUUCGAUUGUCUGCACAGCUUCAAAUGCCGGCCUCUAUCCGUUUCAUGUUGCUCCGCUUUAUGCCGCCUCCAAAUUUGGCGUGGUGGGCUUGGUUAGGUCCCUUGCUCGGUCACUUCUGAAGGAGUCUAUUCAAAUCAAUGCUUUAGCACCUGCUGUUCUUGAAACCAACAUUGCUCCCAGCAAGGACUUAUUUAAGCCCAUGAUCAUCACACCCAUGUCGACGCUGACGAGGGGAGUCCAGCAGCUGGUGUCCGAUCCCUCACAGACUGGGCAGAUUGCUGAGAUCCAUGGACAAAGUGUGACGUUACGGGAGCCUUUGCCAUAUAUUGACGAAGACACCGGCAAGAAUAUCGAAACAUUCUGGUCUCUGGGGUAUGCAUGA